UCGAUAAUUUAAAAGUUGCUUUACCAUCACCAGAUAAGGCACACGUUUGCGUUUAGGAAAAUAUGGAAGUUCCUCAGUUGUCGAGUGCCUUGCGCGAUUUGCCAAAUAGGGUACUGAAUGUGCCCAUCGAAGAACGACAGUCUUUAUUUCACAAUGUCAGUGCGGUGCUAUCAAAUCCCGGUGUGAACUCUGCUAUCGUGCGAGGUAUAUGCAAAGUGAUAGGAACAACGAUAUUAAAGUACAAGGAUCCUCCAUCUCAACUGCUAGUUCGCAAACUCAUUUGUGAUCUUAUUGUUGCCCAUCAUGAUUUAACUAUAGAACAUAUGCUAUCUGUUCUUAAGACCCUAUUAAAGGAAUUACCAUCGGCACCUGCUCAUAAGUCAUGUCGAUCUUCCGUUGUGGCCUUAGGAUGGGCUUGUUUGUUAUUAAAGAAUGCAAACCUUGAAUCAAAUAUAUACAAAACAGAAAAGUCCAGGUUAAUAGAAUACCAGUCGUUGUUAUACCAGACCACUUUGCUGGCCCAAAACCCUAGGGUUACAGAAGCAGCUACAAAAAUCAUCUAUGAUUUGUGGGAGAGCAACAAGAUUUUUGACGAAACAAAGGACACGUUAUUUCAAAUGGAUGCAACUUCGAAUGUCACAAUAAUGAUUAUGAUGAUGAUACAAUUUGACACAGAAAAUACACACUUGGAUAUCCUGAAAAAAUACAAAAUGAAAUGUGUGGAAUACUUUGUAAAAAGUAUGGUAUUGUGUAAAUCGAAACCGAAUACUGCUUUUAUAACAGCUUGUCGACCAUUAUUGUCAACACUUAAUGAUUCGGAAUUCAACAUCAUCUAUAAUGAUUUACAAAAGUCAAUAUUGCGGAGUCCUGAAAAUACGCUAGAAAGUAUUGGUAUAAUUUUUGAACUUCUUAAUAUUGAUUGUAGCCGGUAUGCAUCUCAAAUCGGAACUGUUUUAAUUAAAAAGUUAUACAGCAAAGGAGAGGAUGCUCGCCGUGAAUCUUUGGAAUCAUUAAAGAGUCUAUCACAAAAAUGUUCGGAUAGCAACGUUAUUAAAGAAUUGCUGCAACUCAUUUUUUCUAUUCUCAACGGAUCCGAUGGCAAAAUAAAUGUUGUUGAGUAUAGAAUUAAUUUGUACCAGGGUGCUGGCUGUUUAAGCUUCAACAAGGUUCAAGAAGAUCACAUGGACGAUAUUUUAAACAUGGCUGUGGACUUAUUUUGGAAAGCGCUUGAGACUGAAUCCCAGGACAAGGUGAUUUGCUGUACACUAGAAAUGUUUGCUUUGUGGUCUGGAAAGUUUAGAAAGGAGCUGCCCAACGUGAUUAUAAACAUUUUCAAAACAGGCAUAGAACACAAAAACUCAAAUCAAAUGAUACGACAGAGUUAUCUUGAAUGGCUGCUAUCAUCUAUACAGAAUGCAGAAAUCAAAGACACGAGCAAUAUUGUCCCAACCUUAUAUAGUUUGUAUAUGAAAGCACAGCAGAACUUUUCUCAGCUUUCCUUUGUAUCAGAAGCAGCAUGUAUUUCGUGUCAUUUGCUAAUAUUAGAAAAGCCAUCAGAAAUGUAUUCAAGCUUCUGGAACUCCCUUUUUGAUAUGAAUAAGCAAUAUUUCUUUAAUGAAAAGUUUAUAGCGUCAGCAACAACAGAGACUUUAUGUCAUAUUUCAUUCAUGGCUAAGAUGCUAUUUAAAUCAUAUUUAGAUCAAAUUAAGGGUCCUGUUGAGCCAUUGCACCGUGCAUUGCUUAAUAAUUUGUGCAGCAGUUCAGCUAAAGUAAGAAAAUAUACCAAAGAACAAGUUACACAAAUAACAAAAAGUACUGAUGGUGUUGAUUUUGUUAAACUUGCUCUUAAAGAAUAUAGCAAACUUAUAAACAAUGCGAAAAUUCAAUAUGAAAUCGACAAUACCGUUCAAUCAGAUCAGACGUGUACUCCAAGUCAGGCAUUUGUAGAUGCCCUAGAAGUUUUAUGUUGUUUAGAAAACGUUCCUCACCAAGACUCCCUUGAGCUUACUAUGCUACUCUUAGAUAUUUCGAACUAUCCUGCUAUAUUAUCCAAUAAUCCAUAUUUUUGGGAAAACACCAUUCAAAACAACUUUCACUUGAAUCCUGAACACUUUAUAUCCAUAAAUGAACAGCAAAUUAUUGAGACAUAUAUUGAACAAUUUAAGAUCUGUCCCGUUUUUGAAAAUACAAUUGCUUCGUUAGUGCGAAUCAAUCCAAAAAUAAUAGUCCCAGCGAUAAUUAAGCGAAUCAAAACGUAUCUAAAUGAUGAAAGCAACUUCAACGUUAGCAAUGAGGAUUUUCUAACUUUUAUGACACCAGAAGGAGAGCUCUACGAUAAAAGUGUAAUACCACAUGCAGAUGCACAAUAUGCAACAACUGGCGUAAAGCGGGAAAAUAAAGUUUACAGCUAUAAGGAGCAGCUAGAAGAAAUCCAACUACGCCGUGAAAUAGACGAGAAGCGUCAAAAGGAAGGAAAAUCGAAAACUGUAAAACUCACGCAAAAACAACAGGAAUUAAUUAAAAACCAAACGGAGAAGGAAUUGCGUAUAAGAACGCGUGUUCAAGCAUUGCAUGAGAAAUUGAUGUGCGUGAUCAGUCUGUUCAAAGCUUCUUGUUCCGGAAAUGAAAAUAAUAUUGCAUUACAUUUCCAUACAUUACUCGACGAUAUUCUACGAGCGACUUCGAGUCCUUUAAGCGCCGAACCCUUGACGGAUCUCUACUAUUUCAUGAACAAAAUGUGUUUUAAAACCAAUUCAGAGUUGGGCCGUGCCAUUUCCAUUGCGACAAUCAGACUUCAGAAGCCAUCCUGCAUUUUGAAGGAGGAAUGGAAUGCUCAAAAUAUUAACGAGAGUAUCAUGGAUAUAAUAUCAAAUCUAAACAAACACGUUAUUAUCAAAUCAAACUUAUUGGAUUCACAGUCAUUUUCAUAUGCCUUUGAGUUUCUCAAACGUGCGUUAAUUCAUUUGGAUAAUAGAUCAAACGAGGAAUUCGUAUUAUCAAGUAUCAAACUAAUCGAGAUUCACGUCCAACAAAAAGAAGAACCCACCGAUGAGUGCAAUCAUCCGCGCUAUUUGCCACGCCUGGGAAUGUUCCAAAUCUUGCUAUAUUUAAUAAAAAAUAAUUCGACAGCAGUCCAAACUCAGGCUGUAAAUGCUCUAUUGGAAGUGGCAACGGUUUCUUCAGGCGGCAAAUUAAAUGCUACCCCUGACAAGCAUAUAAUUGAACUAUUUUUGGAUGCAUUGCAAAGCAAUAUUGAAGCUAUAAGAGAUGUAACACUGCGUGCAAUGCAAAUCAUGAUUGGAUCAAUUGUGGACUACUUGAAGAGCGAUGCUGACCUGGAGAAACAAUUGGUCGCUAGAUUGUGGAUAGCGAAAUUUGAUAUUGCAGUUGAAAUCAGACAGUUGGCCGUAGAUCUUUGGGAUUCAGCUGGUUUUGCCUAUCCAGAGUUCGACGACAUUAUUGUAGAUAUCACACAUCCUGAACUUUGUAUACAAAAAGCAUCUGCCGAGUCCUUAAUACCACUCAUCUUGAAUGACAAAAGUCUAUUAAAAUGUGGAUUGAAGAAACUCCUGGCCAUCUAUAAUGAGAAACUCACUUUGAUUCCACCAAAGCUCGACAAGUUUGAUCGUGAAAUUGAGCCGGCUUUUGAUCAGUGGAAGCCCAGACGAGGUGUCGCUAUUGCAAUAUCUCAAAUAGCACAAUUUUUAUCGAUUGAAGAUAUAAACUACUUGAUGCAAUUUAUGGUUUCCCAUGGUCUUGGCGAUCGCGAGGAGAUUGUGCAUAAGGAAAUGUUAGCUGCUGCAUUAAAGAUUGUGGAUAUACAUGGCAAGGAGACAAUCGUAAGUUUGCUACCAGUUUUUGAAGAAUUUCUUGAUAGCGCACCCAAAUCACAAAGCUAUGAUAAUAUACGCCAAGCAGUUGUUAUUCUUAUGGGAUCCUUGGCCCGGCAUUUGGAAAAGGAUGACAAAAGAAUUGAUCCGAUCGUCAAACGUUUAAUAACUGCCCUCUCGACACCGUCGCAACAAGUUCAGGAAGCUGUUUCAAAUUGCUUGCCACAUCUUAUGCCAUCCGUUAAGGACGAAGUUCCAGCAAUGAUCAAGAAACUGUUGCAUUCGUUGUCAAAGUCUGAAAAAUAUGGCGAAAGACGUGGAGCUGCCUAUGGAAUUGCUGGAAUUGUCAAAGGACUUGGCAUUUUAUCGCUUAAGCAAUUGGACAUUAUGUCAAAGCUAACAACGUACAUACAAGACAAAAAGAACUACAAGAGUCGUGAAGGUGCUCUGUUUGCAUUUGAGGUUCUUUGCACCACACUUGGUCGCUUGUUCGAGCCAUACAUUGUGCAUGUCCUGCCCCACUUAUUGCAAUGCUUCGGAGAUUCAUCUCAAUACGUCCGACAAGCUGCCGAUGACACUGCCAAGGUGGUAAUGGGAAAGCUGUCUGCUCAUGGAGUUAAGCUCGUGCUGCCAUCUCUCUUAGACGCUCUUGACGAAGAUUCAUGGAGAACAAAAACAGCGUCGGUUGAACUAUUGGGUGCCAUGGCAUUCUGUGCACCAAAGCAGCUUUCGUCGUGCUUGCCUAGCAUUGUUCCAAAAUUAAUUGAAGUCCUUGGAGAUUCUCACACUAAAGUCCAAGAAGCUGGUGGAGAUGCACUCAAGGUGAUUGGAUCCGUUAUUAAGAAUCCAGAGAUUCAAGCGAUUGUUCCUGUUUUAUUGAAGGCAUUGGAGGAUCCUUCUAACAACACAUCAGCAUGCUUGCAAAGUUUGUUGAAAACCAAAUUCAUUCAUUUCAUCGAUGCCCCCUCUUUAGCUCUAAUUAUGCCUGUGGUUCAAAGGGCAUUUAUGGAUCGAUCGACGGAAACCAGGAAAAUGGCCGCUCAAAUUAUUGGUAAUAUGUAUUCGCUCACAGAUCAAAAGGAUUUGACACCAUAUCUGCCAAGUAUUAUACCAGGCUUAAAGUCAUCGUUGCUCGAUCCAGUUCCAGAAGUUCGAGCAGUAUCCGCCCGUGCACUUGGUGCAAUGGUUAAGGGAAUGGGAGAAAGUUCAUUUGAAGAUCUCCUACCAUGGUUGAUGCAAACUCUUACAUCGGAAUCGAGCAGCGUUGAUCGUAGCGGCGCAGCACAAGGACUUUCGGAGGUUGUUGGAGGAUUGGGUGUGGAGAAAAUGCACAAACUGAUGCCGGAAAUAAUUGCCACUGCUGAGCGCACUGAUAUAGCUCCACACGUUAAAGACGGCUACAUAAUGAUGUUCAUAUAUAUGCCAGGUGCAUUCCCAGAAGAGUUUACGCCCUACAUUGGUCAAAUAAUUAAUCCCAUACUUAAGGCAUUGGCAGAUGAAAGUGAAUACGUACGUGACACCGCCUUACGAGCUGGACAACGAAUUGUCAACUUAUAUGCAGAGACAGCAGUUGCCCUACUGUUGCCAGAAUUGGAGAAAGGAUUAUUUGACGAGAACUGGCGUAUACGUUAUAGUUCUGUACAAUUGCUUGGAGAUCUUCUAUAUCGUAUUUCUGGUGUAUCUGGAAAGAUGACUACGGAAACAGCCAGUGAAGAUGAUAACUUUGGAACUGAACAGUCGCAUACAGCCAUUAUCCGAUUUCUUGGUGAUGAACGCCGCAACAGAGUUUUAUCUGGUCUCUAUAUGGGCCGUAGUGACGUCUCCUUGAUGGUUCGUCAAUCUGCAUUGCAUGUGUGGAAAAUUGUCGUCACAAAUACUCCCAGGACAUUGAGAGAGAUUCUGCCAACAUUAUUCGGACUCUUGCUAGGCUGCUUGGCAAGCACUAGCUAUGAUAAACGACAAGUCGCUGCACGAACCUUGGGAGAUCUGGUGAGAAAACUAGGUGAACGUGUCCUACCUGAAAUUAUUCCAAUUCUGGAAAGUGGCUUGAAUUCGGAGCAGUCUGACCAGCGUCAAGGUGUUUGCAUUGGACUUUCUGAAAUAAUGGCUUCUACUUCAAAGGAAAUGGUACUGACGUUUGUACACAGCUUGGUUCCCACUGUACGCAAAGCCCUGGCAGAUCCUCUGCCCGAGGUUCGCGAAGCAGCUGCAAAGACAUUUGAAUCGUUGCACAGCACCGUGGGAUCCCGAGCACUGGAUGACAUUCUGCCUUUCAUGCUGGAAGGACUUUCCGACCCGGAUCCCGAGGUUGCAGAAAAUACAUUGGAUGGACUGCGUCAGGUGAUGUCCAUAAAGUCACGUGUGGUAUUGCCAUACCUUGUUCCUCAGUUGACUGCACAACCCGUUAACACAAAAGCUCUAUCUAUAUUAGUUUCUGUUGCUGGCGAUGCUCUAACGAAAUAUCUACCAAAAAUUCUAUCCGCAUUGCUGGAAGCCCUGUCCCAAUCUCAUGGUACGGCUAAUGAAAAUCAAGAAUUGGAAUAUUGCCAGACUGUUAUCUUGUCUGUGACUGAUGAAGUUGGAAUCAGAACUAUAAUGGACACUCUAAUGGUCUCUGCUAAGUCAGAUAAUGUGUGCACUCGUAAAUCGUCAGCCAGUUUGCUUUGUGCUUUCUGCAUUCACUCGCCUGGAGAUUAUUCACAAUAUAUUCCACAGCUCUUACGCUGUCUGCUUCGAUUGAUGGCUGAUAACGACAAGAGCAUUAUUCAAAAGGCCUGGGAGGCAUUAAAUGCAGUCAUCAAGGGCUUGAAUCCAACUCAACAGAUUGGCUACGUAACUGAUGUUCGCCAAGCAGUUAGAUUUGCUGCCAGCGACUUGAAGGAGCCCGAAUUGCCCGGCUUUUGCUUACCGAAGGGAAUUACCCCGCUAUUGCCAGUUUUCCGAGAAGCUAUAUUAAAUGGUCUACCGGAAGAGAAGGAAAAUGCCGCCCAGGGUCUUGGUGAAGUGAUUUUCUUAACCAGCGCAGCUUCUUUGCAGCCAUCUGUCGUACACAUUACUGGACCAUUGAUUCGCAUCCUGGGAGACCGUUUUAACUCUGGCGUGAAGGCAGCAGUUCUGGAGACAUUGGCAAUUCUGCUACACAAAGUCGGUGUUCUAUUGAAGCAGUUCUUACCACAACUUCAGACCACAUUUUUGAAAGCAUUGCAUGAUCAAAACAGAAAUGUUCGCAUGAAAGCAGGCAAAGCAUUAUCGGAGUUAGUUGCAAUUCACUCUCGGGCCGAUCCGCUGUUCAAUGAAAUUCACAAUGGAAUUAAGAGCUCAGAUGAUUCUGCUGUUAGGGAAACAAUGUUGCAUGCACUACGCAGCAUCAUCAGUCCAUCAGGGGACAAAAUGUCGGAGCCCAUAAGAAAGCAAGUCUUUUCAACAUUACUAAGUCUAAUUGGACACCAGGAGGAUACCACGCGAAAUGCUGUUGGUGGAUGUCUGGGGGCUAUGUUAAAGUAUAUGCCAUCUGCGCAAGUUACCGAUUUGUUAAAUAACCACAUACUAGCUGAGAACUCGGAUGACCCACUGACUAAACAUGGCUAUACAGUUAUUCUCUUUGUUGCUUUGAAGGAGUGUCCCAAGGAAGUUUUAUUAGAGAAUUUCACUGAUAGAAUAAUUGGUAACAUAUUAGUUAAUAUUUUAUCCGAAAAGGCACCCAUUGCAUGUAACGCAGUUCGAGCAGCGACAUAUGUUUUAGAAUACAAACUGGUUAACAAAGAAGAUCCUCCCAGCAAUGUCCUAGUCUCACUAGCAAGAGCAAUGAACCAUAAUAGCAAUGACGUCAAGCAGUUAGUGGCAAAAAGCUGUAUUCACCUCUCUAAAAAUUUAAGUGCUGACCAAAUACAUUUAGAUGUUUUGAAAACAUUAGUUCCAACCCUCGUAAAUGGCACUAAAGAGAAAAAUGGCUAUGUUAAAUCCAAUUCAGAAUUAGCUCUAAUAUCCAUACUAAGACUAAGAUCUGAUGAGGUUACGUUUAAAAAGACCUGCGAUGUCCUAGAAACUGGGGCAAGAGACUCUUUAAGUGAUGUGGUAGCCAAGGUUUUAAAACGAGUCGCAGCUCAACCACCAGCUAAGGAGGAUGAUUUGGAUGACACCUUACAAACUUGAUUAUAAUCACCUACAUGUAAUUCAAUUAAAUUUUAUAAAUUAUUUGAAUUCAAGAGCACAUUUUAUGUAAUAGAAUGUAUAUUAUUAUAACGCAUAUUUGUAAAAUAAUAAAAUAAAUCGUAAACAUCAAAAAA